AUGUUCCGCCACGCGCGCCCGAAAACUCCCGAGAAGCCGCAAUUCCCGGAGAGAAAGGCCAUGUCUGAGUCGUUCUCUUCCGCCGGCUCCAACCGCCAGGCGGACUUCUUCCCCCCGCCGUCGCGCGCGGCUGCCAUCGCGGCGGAGAAGAAACGGCAGGCGAAGGCGCGGGGGGAGGGGGGCCUGGGGGGGAUCAGGGGCGUGUUCAGCCGCAGCAGCAGCAUCGCUUCUCGCAGUAGCAGCAGCGGCGGUGGCGGCGGUGGCGGUAAGGUGUCAGAGGGAGGAGAGGAUAUGCACGAGGUUCUCCCCGUGCCUGCCCUGCCUCGGAUCCGAACCAACGCCGCCUCGCCGAAGCGGGCGCUCAGCCGCAGGCUCGGGCUGUCGCUGAAGCUCCCCCACGGGCGGAACGGGGCGAACGGGGAGGGGGAGCGCGGGGGCGAAGGGGGAGCAAUGGGGGGAGUAACCGGAGUAGAUGGGGAAUGGGAGAGGGAAGAGCUGGCGCGGGCGUAUGGGAAAGGGGAGCUGGCGCAGCGGCUUAAGGCCCGGGGGGGGUCUUUGAAAGGCUGUCUGUUUCCGCCCCUGUCCCCGUCAAUGGCUGACGCGAUAAAAGGAGAGGAGAUUCGCGAGCGCGUAAACCGUCUGCACAGCCUGCAGCUGCGGCGGGAAGAGCGGAAGGCGCUGCGGAGCAGUGGCGGGGAAGGGGGCGUUGGGGCAGGGGAAGGGGGCGUUGGGGCAGGGGGAGGGCGGAAGGGGGAGAGGGAGGCGGAAGGGGAUGCAGAAAGGGGAAUGGCGGAAGGUGAGGCAGACUGCGAGGGUAGGCUGGGCAGAGCAGAGCGAGCGGAAAGAGCGGAGAGGGCGGAGAGAGCGGAGAGUGCGGAGAGGGCGGAGAGGGCGGAGAGGGCGGAGAGGGCGGAGGAGCGGGGGCGCGAGAGGGGGAGUGAUUCAAGCGAGGAGUCGAUAGCAUUGAGUGAGGAGGCGCAGGGGGGCGGGCAGGGAGCGGGCGAGACGAAAACGGUCAUCCAGGCGAUUCUGGAGAAGCGCCGGCAGAUCAAGGAGCAGCGCAGGGCGGCUGCACGGGGGGAAGGGCCGCGGGGAGAAGGGUCACGGGGGGAAGGGCCGCGGGGAGAAGGGUCGCGGGGGGAAGGGACGCGGGGGGAGGUGCCACGGGCGGAAGGGCCACGGGGGGAAGAGUUACUGAGGAAGGGGGGUGGGGAAGAAGAGGGGCUCGGGGCGGGAGAAGCGGAGACAGUUGCCAGGGCGGUAGGUCGGGGGACGGCUGUAGCAGUUCGGGGUGCGGGUGACAGUAUAGAGAGUGAUUCAAACGGUGGUGGCGUGGGCGUCGUCAUGGAAGCUCGGAUUGGGCGAAUGGGCACUGAUGCCGAACCUGCUGGUCUGGUGGGUGGUACGGGUGAGGGCAUGAGGGACGGGGAGAAGGAGCUGGAAACUGAGGAGGAGAGGGAGGGUGCGAAGGAGAAGGAGGAGGAGGAGGAAGAGGAAGAUGAGGAGGACGGAUGGGAGAGCCCGGAACCCAUAGAGCGAUCGAGCACGUGUGACGGGCGGAUAGGGGGCAGUCGCGACGAGGACCAGUGGCUGCGAGUCCGAGAGGCCGCCGCUGCCGCCGCUGCUGCCAGAAGAGCCGCUGCGUUGGGGGGCGGAGGAGGGGUGAGGGCGGGGGUGUGGGGGGACAGAGGGGCUGGGUCAGCGGGAGCGGGGCGGGUGGAGGGUAGUGGGACCCCCCCUCGCGCACCACACCAUGUGGCGGGUGUUCUAGGCAGUUUUAGUAUUCCGCCCAGGAGUCACGUGCGUUCGGCUAGUCACGGGGCUGAUAGUGCUGGUCUGGCGCUCUUCUCCUCUGCUGCUGGUAGGGCCCGCAGCCCUUCUUCUGGUACUGGCAGUCGUUCUAGUGGCACCGCCGCCGCUGCUGCUGCUGCUGCUGCUGCUGCUGCUGUGGCUGCUGCUGGUGAAACUGCCUUGUCCCCCUCCUCACUCCAUCAUCAGCAUCACCACCACCAGCACCAGCAGCACCACCAGCAGCAGCAGCACCAGCAGCACCAGCACCACCGACUGCAGCAUCUGCACCAGCUCCCCUCCACCCUCUCGCCCCAGCACCCCCACGCCCUCGCCCACCUCCCCACCUCCUCCUCCCUCUCCGCCUCCUUCCGCCCGUCCCUCCCCAAGAACCUCCCCCAGGUGCCCCCGCGCCCGCCCAGCCGCGCGCAGGAGGAGGGCGGGGAGCGCAGGAGGCGGAGAUUCGGGUCAUUUGGGUCGUCUGUGGUAGAGGAUGAUUCCAGUGGCAGUGAUGCUCACUGCAGCCCUGUCCGCAUGGGCCGCGCUGCUUUGGAAGCUCUCGGGGUAGGCUCGGCGGGAGGUUCGGGCGGAGGCAUGGGGGGGGGCUUGGGGGCCUUGGGAGUGGGAAGGUCGGGCCUAGACAGCCCGCUUGUGCGGAAGAAGCGGGACCAGCAGCAGCAGAGGCAGCAGCAGCGGCGGCAGUCGUUUGGUAGCAACCCGGACCAGAGCCAAGGAGGGGGAGAGGAUGAGAAUGGCACCAGUGGCGCUGACACCAGUGCGGGGUAUUUAGAGGGUAGAGAGGCUAGAGACCCGUGGGCCAGCAUGGGAGAGUGGGAGGGCAGGGUGGAGUUGGAAGAGGCAGAGAGGAGCGGAGGGGCGGGGGCGGGAGGUGGGGCGUGGAGGGAGGGGGAAGGAGAGGAGGAGGAGGGGCAUAUGACAAUCGUCCAGCGGGCUCGCUCCCCUGCCCCCAUGCGGGGGGAGCAUCUGUCCUCCUCGCUUGACUCCUCCUCCGGGCUGUAUAGCCCCUUCCCGCGUGCGUCCUCGUCCUCCCCGCUGCAGUCGCCGCUGCUGCGGUCGCCCUCGUGUGGCGUGCAGUUUGAGCAUCAGCCGGUGAUUCCGCUGCUGCUGCCCGCGAGGCUGAAAUCGCCCAUGCGGAGGAGCAAGCAUGGGCGAGGGCGAGAGGCACAGAGAGACGGGCAGAAAGAGGGACAGAGAGAGGGGCAGAGAGAAGGACAGAAUGAUGCUCGGGGGCAGGGAGAUGAUGGUGAGGUGAGGGGCGGAGACGGAGAGGGAGGGGGUGCUUACAUGCAGGAUGCCCCCCAUGCCCCUCCCAGCAGCAUGCGGGGCAAGGUGGGCGGAGUGGAGCGGACCAGCAGUGCGCCUGCGCGCAGCCUGCACGUGCUGCCGCCCCAGGCGCUUUCCAGAGGGCGGAAGGGAGCAGAGGCAGACCUUAGCUUUGAAGUCAUGCUGAGCGGUGGUGAGAGGGGCGAGGGUAGGGAGGAGGAGGAGGAGGAAGAGGGGGGAAAGGAGGUGGACAAGGAGGAGGAGGAGGAAGAGAGAGGGAGCGGGAGGAGAGGGAAAGAGAGCAGAGGGAUGGGCAAGGAGGGGCGGAGUUUGAGACGAGAGGUGCAUUCCAAAAGCGAGAUUGGUUCGGGCAGGGAGGUUGGUUCGGGCAGGGAGGAUCGGAAGGUUGGGCCGGGCAAGAAGUUUGCUUGGGGUGGGAGAGAUGUGGGCGGUGGAGGCAGCUCCAUGGAGCUCUCCUUUUCACGCAUUCCCGUUGGCCGGUUGAAUCUGAGCGAUAUUGACGAAGAUAUGGCGUCUGCUGCUCUGGAGAGGGAGGAGGAGGAUAGGAGAGAGGAGGGAGAAGAGGAGGGAAGGGAAGAGGGGAGAAGAGAGGGUGGAGGAGGGGGAGGUGCAGGCGCGGCGAAGGAGGAGGAGGAGGAGGCGGGGGAGGAGGAGGAGGAGGAGGAGGAGGUUGGGGAGGAAGAGUGGGUAGAACAACGAGGAAGGCUGCGCUGGCGCCCGCCUCCUGAAUUUGACGAUGCUGGCCGGGCGGAUGGGGGCAGGGCAGGCACAGGAGGAGCAGCAGGAGCAGGAGCAGCAGGAGGAGCAGGAGCAGGGGGAGGAGGGGGAGGAGCAGGAGGUGCAGCAGGAGGGGGAUCAGCAGUAUCGAUAAUGUCUCGGCUGGUAAAAGACGCAUUGGCAGGGGAGAGCGACCGGUUCCUGUCAGCGCGGUGCCAGCACGACGACAUUCUCCUGUUCGUGGGCGUGGCUGCGGCCAUCAGCGCGUGGCGCCCCGCCACGGCCGCUGUCAUCCUCCUCCGCGUGCUCGACCGCAUCGCCUUCUUUGAACGGCUCCUGGAGCAGCAGCAGCAACAGCAGCGGGGAAGGGGGGGUGGACUUACUCCCAGCAGAGGAAGCGGUGUGGUUACUCCGACGAGAGCGGGAGGGAGCACGCCGACGAGAGGGGGUAUGGGUGCGUUCAGCAGCACGCCUCUGAGUAGCACGCCUUCCUCCCCCACUUAUGGCAUGCGUCCUUGGACCACCCCUAUCCAUGCAAGUGCUGCUGGUUCAGGUGCAGGUGCUGGUGCUGAUACCAUCAAUAUCACCACCAGUAUUAGCAUCAGCAUUAGCAGCGGUGGUUCUCACCUGCCGCCAGGUGCAGCCUCCCCGCGUUCCACCUCCCCCCAGAAUGUUUCUGUCCUUCUGGGCGGCAAGCGGGCGGGCGCAAACCUGCCUGCGUGCCGCUCGUUUGUCGUGUCGUGCCUGCUGGCGAUUUUGUCCUCUUGUGAGGACCGGGCGGCGACAGCCAUGGCGGCGGCGACGCCAGCGGUGCAGCGGCUGCUGAUGUGGCAGGAGGCGAGUGGGUGCGACGGGGAAGGGGGCGGGGAGGGUGGGGAAGUGCUAGAGGUAGUACUAGAGGAAAGGGAUGAUGGGGAGGAGAUCUCUCUCACUCCUGCUCCCGCUUCUGCUUCUGCCUCUGCCUCUGUUCUUGCGGGCAGCAGCAGCAGCACCACUGGCAGCCUUCGGAAGCAGCCGAAGAAGCGCCGCGGCCGGCUCCCCAGCUUCUCCGCCCCCUCCCCCUCCGUCCCCGGCCCUUCCUUCCGAACCGCCUGGUCUCCCAUGUCCCUCGCCUCUCUCUCUGAAGUCGCUCUAGCUGAAGGCCUGGCCGCUGCCAAGCACUCGAGCCUGGAGGAACGGUGCGAGGAGCAGGAUCGGCUGUACCUGCAGCUCAGCCUCGGCCCGGGCCUGCUGGCUAUGACGCUGUCGGCAGCCAUGCGGGACCUGCCGAACCUGCACCCGGACGAUACCAUGGCUGUAGCUUUGGCGGUGGAAGGCAUGGGGGUGGAGGAGGCGGCGUUUCACGCGGGGUUGCGGGCGGUGGCGAGUGGGAGGCUGGGUGCGGAGGGGUUUGAUACGGUUGUGAGGAUGGUGUUUGUGGGGCGUGGGGUGCAAUCUGUGGCGAUGAGGUUCGCUAAGCUGACUGCUGCGGUGAAAUCGGUGCGGUUUCUGGGCGGCGGGAGCGGGGCGGCCGGCGCGCCGCCCGGAGGAGCUGCAGGGGCGGGGAUGCUCGGACUGGGCGGCAGCGCGGGCGGCAGUACGUCCGGGAGCGUGGCUGUUGUAGGCACAUCGGAGAGAGCAGCAACAUCGUGGGGGAGAGGUGGCGUUUCUGCUUCUGCUAAAGAGGCUGGGCCUGCCAGCGGUAAGGGUAGUGGAGGAGGGGCGUUGGGAGGAGUCCUCUCUCUCUUCGGGUCGCAGAAACAGCGACCCAGCACCAGCUAUAUCAGCACAGGCGCUUCUAGCUUCGGCGCCGGACCUGCCGGCAGCCUCGGCGGGUACCAAGCCUCCAGCCACGGCAACAGCGGCGCCGCCGGACCUCAGGCCAGUCCUAGGACCCCCGGAGGCCCGUCCAGUGUUGUUUCCAGCCCUAGAAGCAUCACCAGUGACCAUCAUCAGCACCGCUACAGCCACCGCCACAGCCAGAACCACAGCCACAGCCAGCAGCAGCAGCAGCAGCAGCAGCAGCAACACGGGCAGGAUCACCAGUACCAGCAGGAGCAGCAGCAGCAAAGCAGCCCUAAAUCUACCUCUUCCCACAGUCCCAACCCAGCUGCCGUCUCCUCUGUCUCUCUCCUCAGCUCCAACACUCCCAAGUGGGCGUCUGCUGCUCUUGCUGCCGCCUCUGCCUGGGGUUCUGCCAUGCAAAGCCGUGGGGGGGUUGAUGGGGAGAAAGCAGGGGCGGAUAGUAAGUCGGAUACCAGGAGCAUCGCGGGAAGCUGCCGGGAAGGUGCCGCUGCGGAUGCGGGGAAUGUUGCUGCGGUUGGGAGUGCUGGCGGGGGGAGUGGGAGUAACAGCAAGAGGUGGGAUUUUUUCAUGGGCAGUUUCACGGGCAGCAGGGGCGGGCCUGGGGCAGUGGAGGACGACGUUUUGUCGCAGGAAGGAGGGCUCGGCCCGGGCAGCGAAAUUUCUCACCAGCAGCAGCAGCAACAGCAGCAGCAGAAGAGCUCUUAUGUAUCCGAGUUUGUGGCAGCGGUGUUGAGGAGUGAGGAGAUGAGGAAGCAGCACGCAUGGGCGUAUGAGGUGCUGCUGAAUUUCCUCCGCAUCAACAGCCGCGGGGCUCCCAUGGAAGAGAGGGAGCUGGACCUGUGUGCGCGGGUGGUGCUCAACAAAUGGCUCGGCGAGGGCUCCGAGGCUGACCGCGAGGCUCGGGCAGUGGCUCGGGUGGAGAGGAUGGGCAAUCCAGGGUCGGAGGUGGGGUGGCCCAUGUGGCUGCGCAUUGGACGGCUGGUGGAGAGCGAGAUGAGCCACAUGCCGCGCCUCAUGGAGGCCAUGCACGCCUUGUCAAUCUGGCUCAACUACGAUAAACUAGAGGAGGAUGGGUCGUGUUCGGACGCCACAGCAGGGGAGGUGUUGGACUGGGGCAUGCACGGGCUGCUGCACGUGCUGCCAGAGGGCUCCUCCGCGCAGACUCUGCUUGACUUGCUUGACCCGGAGGACGAUGACUGGGUUGACCUGUCCCUGGCUGUGGUGGCGCGCAUUGCUGCCUGCCCCAGUGUGCUCUGGCCUGUCAAAGGGGGGUCGGCGCUGUUCGUUGCCAAGCUGCUCACUCUAGUGGAGGACUGUGCUGAGAUGACUCGCGACCAGCAGAGCCGCGCGGUGCAAGUGGCGGUGCAGCUGUGGGGGUGGGCCAUGCCGAAAAGAGAGCAGCUGCUGGAGCAGUGCGAGACCGAGGAGGAGGUGAUGGAGGUUCUCGACCGCUCAGCUGCUGCCACGUGGCGCUCUGUUGCUCUGGGAGCUAUGGCUGCUGUGCUGGGCUGA